CUGUGUCGUUUUGCUGGAACCCACCACACUCAAAACCUAAAAGCACACUGAAGAAAGAGCAUACAGCAUCUUCUCUGAGAUAUCCCUUGAGAUCUUACAAACAAUCACUACUUUUCUCUGAGCAGUUUACUUUCAACAACAUGAAGCGAAGUGCAGAUGGUACCUUCUCUGGUCCAGGCUAUAACCUGAGAAAGAGCAGAAAACCUUCGAGCCCUAUGAAGGAUCCCAACCUGUCUGACAACCUUGCAGUGAUAGCACAUGCAGUCAGCUUGGACCACAAGUACAGCUCCAAGUCUGGUAGCUCUCACUCGACACAUAAACAGCUAAAGGGCAUGAAGCUAGAGAACCGCUUCCUUAAAAAUGCAGCUGUAAUUCCAGAGUUAUCUCCAGUACAUACAAACACUCAAACACAAGCCCAUCUGGUAGCACAUGCGGGCCGCUUGGACCACAACUACAUCUCUAAGUCUGGUAGCUCUCACUCGACACAUAAACAGCUAAAGGGCAUGAAGCUAGAGAACCGCUUCUUUAAAAACGCAGCUGUAAUUCCUGAGUUUUGCCCAGAAUUUACAAAGACUCACACCGUAGCCCAUCUGGUGCGCACCAGCCCUGAGGAACCUCUUUUAAUCAAUGGGAACAGCACAGAAGACCAUCAAAGAAUGUCUUGUGCUGUGGUGGAUUCUAUGUUAAAGAAAUCCUCUGGCAAGCCUCUUAACUACAGCCUACAGUUAGGACUUCGUGUGAAGCAACGCCUCUGGAAACUCUAAACUGCCCCACCAUGCUUGAAGAAGAGCAGCCUGAUGGACUCAUCCAAGUUAAAGAGAUGUUCUCGAGACCAAGCCUAAAGAGAUCUGCCCCUCGUAUAAAUGUGGACAUUAGUGGUGAACCCCUGCCAUAUGCACCACAGAGGAAGAGACCCUGCCUGUGACAUCCAUGCAGAUGCGAGAAUAUAUUUAGUGUCUAUAUUGUAUAUAGUUCUUGAAUAAAUGUUUGCUCCUUAUAA